CUUGGCUACGCUUCAAUCCAAUCAAUUCAAUUCAAUUCAAUUCAAUUCUGGAGCGACUUUGCUUCCUUACACUUCGUAGACAAUCUGCUCAUGAAGGAUGAAAUGUCAGGUAAAUUCCUCUCCUACACGUGCUUCAGUUGCGGGAGUCCCACCUUCUUGCCCAAUGCGGACGGUUAGCGGUGGAGUGUUGUUGCAACUGCUUCAACCUCCAUCUCGACGUCCCCCGUGCCAAUGUCACUGUCCCUGAGGUGAUUCCAGACCACAACUGGUACACCAAUCCCAUCUCGUUUAAUUAUAGCCGUACCAUUCUCCCGCCAAGGUCGACUACCACCUCAGUGAACCAAGAAAGUGGGAAAAGACUGUCGCUGUGAAAUGGAUGCUAUCUCGCCGGGGGAGCACUGCAUUUAUGGAAAGCGAAGCAGGGAAGAUAUAAGCCUUCUACAAAAAUUGACACCAAUCUUUCUAGCAGACCAGUGAGUACCAAGAGGCAUAGUUGUUCGUUUCUCCAAGGAUGGUGAUCAACUUCUGUUCACAUUCUCAAAAACGAGCAACACAACCUCUUGUCGCGCUCUUCAUUUCUACUCGCGCAGUCUAUGCCCGCUUCCUGGUUCUUUCAGUUGCUUCAGCUGACUGUGACUGGAUGAUAUCUGGAAAGUAUUUACCUCCCUAACCACUUCUUGACGCUGCAGUGAUCAGUUGUCGACAUCUCGAUAUAGUAAGCCGCCAGCCAAUGACAACACGAGUAGAUGACGCCAUGAGCUUUCCCGCGGCCUCGCAGCUGUCGGCGCCUCAGGCAUCACCAAUGCCUGCGUAAUCGGCGAUCAAAUAUAAUGAAGAACACCGACUUCUCGACCGCAAAUUUCC